UGCGCAGUGGCGGCGGCGGCCAUGGCGGCGGCGGCGGCGGCCGGGGGAGCGCGGCCCGGUGUGGUGCUGGGCGCUAUGGAGGUGGGGCGGCGCGCCGGGCCCGAAGCGAGCGCCGCGCUGCUCCGCGCCUUCCUGCGGCGAGGGUACCGCCUCCUCGACACCGCUUACAUGUACGCGGGAGGAGAGUCUGAGCGCAUUCUGGGCACGCUGCUGGCCGGAGGCGCGGAGCCCGUGGAAGUCGCCACCAAAGCCAACCCCUGGGAUGGGAAGACACUGAAGCCCGAGAGUGUGCGAUCGCAGCUGGACACGUCCCUGGAGAGGCUGAAGAGGAAGAGCGUGGAGCUCUUCUACCUCCAUGCUCCUGACCAUGGGACCCCAGUGGAGGAGACGCUGCGUGCCUGCAAUGAGCUGCACAAAGAAGGAAAGUUUAAAGAACUUGGUCUGUCAAACUACGCAGCUUGGGAGGUCGCAGAAAUCUGCACCAUCUGCAAAUACAACAACUGGGUGAUGCCAACGGUGUACCAGGGUAUGUACAAUGCAACCACUCGCCAGGUGGAAGCCGAGCUGUUCCCUUGCCUGAGGUACUACGGACUGCGGUUCUACGCCUACAAUCCCCUGGCAGGAGGGCUGCUGACUGGCAAGUACAAGUAUGAGGACAAAGACACACGCCAGCCCACUGGAAGGUUUUUUGGGAAUGACUGGGCUCAAGCCUAUAGGGACAGGUAUUGGAAGAAGGAUAAUUUUGAAGGAAUUGCCCUAGUAGAAAGAGCUCUGAAAGAUGCUUACGGUUCCAAUGCACCGAGCCUGACCUCUGCUGCUUUGCGCUGGUUGUACAAUCACUCCAAACUGCAGGGUUCUCUUGGAGACGCGGUGAUCAUUGGGAUGUCCAACUUGGAGCAGCUAGAGCAGAACCUUGACUACAGCCAAGAGGGUCCCCUGCUCCCGCCCGUCGUGGAGGCAUUUGACAACGCCUGGAACCUCACGGCGCAUGACUGCCCCAACUAUUUCCGCUAGAGACUGGGGUAGGGAGAAGAAAGCGGGUGUUGAGGGGGAUGGAUAAUGGAGCGCAGGUCUCGAAGCUCGGGAGAGGCACUUACCCACCCUGCCCCUUUGAUCGACGUGUAAAUGGGUUGAGAUUUUUCCCUGUAAUUAGUGAAGCUCUGUAGGAUCCACUACUGCUGUCAGCACUUCUUGUGUUGGGCCAUGCCUUAUUCUUUCUCCCCUCUUGGACCUUUGGCGCCACACAGCACACACUAUGAUUUAAAGAUGCAGUUGAUCGGGGAAAACGGACACACAACUGGAUGAAGGCCCCAGCUCUGCUUUAAUAUGAAAUCUUAAAUAAUUAUAUACAAUAAAACCUUUUUCUAACACA